AUGUCUUAUAAUAAUGAUAUAAUAGAUGAAUUCUUACAGGAAAUCCAGGAAGAAAUUGAAUAUCAGGAUGAGGAUAUUCCAGUGUCAGAUAAUUAUAGUGAAAUCAGCACAGAAAUAGAAAUGGAUGAUGAAAAAAAUUUAACAAAUGAUAGUGCAGGUGGAUUUUAUGAUCAUAAAGAAAGUGUAUAUUGCUUGCAUAUGAAUCCAGUAGAUGAAGAUAUUAUUGUGAGUGGUGGAGGAGAUGAUGUGGCAUAUAUUUGGCGUAUUUCAACGAGAGAAAGACUCUGUAAAUUAUCGGGUCAUACAGAUUCUGUUACUGUUUCUUCUUUUUCAUAUGAUGGAGAAUAUGUUGCUACAGGCGGUAUGGAUGGACUGAUUUUGAUUUGGAGGUACAAAAAUAACGGAGAACUUGUUACAACUUUAGAAGGAGGUGAUGAAAUCUUGUGGGUUCAAUGGCAUCCAAGGGGAAAUGUUCUUCUUUCCGGUUCGAAUGAUGCAAAUGUUUGGAUGUGGAAAAUUCCUUCUGGUGACGUAAUGCAGUUAUUUAAAUUUCACAAAAAGGCAGUAAAUGCUGGAUCUUUUACUCCUGAUGGGAAGAAAAUAGUUACAGCAUCAGAAGAUGGUUCAUUGAUUGUAUGGGAUCCCAAAAAUGCAACAAUAAUUCACAAAAUGACACCAAGUGAUUCAAGAUUUGAUUGUGGUGGGUUAACAUGUUUAGCAUAUAACAAAGAAGGCACGGUAGUAGCAGUUGGUGGUGUUGCAGGAAAAGUAAAAAUAAUUAGUCUUAUUAAUGGUGCUCUUUUAGGAAGUCUCAAUGAACAGAAAGAAAGCAUUGAAAGUAUUUCAUAUUGUGAUGUACUUCCAAUAGUAGCAUGUGCUAGCGUUGAUGGUACUGUAGCAUUAUAUGAUACUUUUACUUAUAAAUUAAGGAACGUUUUAAUUCACGAUGGCGCUGUUAUUUCUCUUUCUUUUGUUUCUAAUACGCCUUAUCUUACGACUGCCUCAACAGAUCGAACAAUCAGGAGAUGGGAUGUAAGGACUGGAAAAUGCUUAAAACAGUGUUUUGGGCAUCACGAUUCUAUUUUAUGCAUAUGUUCUAGCUUAGAUGGAAAAACAAUUAUAAGUGGAAGCGAUGAUAAAUCAGUAUUGAAUAUGAAACUGACAUUUAUGACUAAGAAGCGGAAUUUAGGAUAUAAUUAA